CUGUUGCAGGGGAUCUUGAUCAAUGGGCAAUUUCCAGGGCCUCAGAUCGAUGCUGUGACUAACGAUAACUUGGUCAUCAGCGUGUUCAAUUACCUACGUGAACCAUUCCUCAUUUCUUGGGAUGGUAUACAGCAGAGAAGGAACUCAUGGCAGGAUGGAGUUUAUGGCACAAACUGUCCAAUCCUACCAGGGAAAAACUUCACUUACAAUAUCCAAGUCAAGGAUCAGAUUGGUAGCUUUUUCUACUUCCCGUCCUUUUUGUUCCACAAAGCAGCUGGAGGGUUUGGCGGCAUCAGAAUCUGGAGCCGUCCUAAGAUUCCGGUUCCUUUCCCUAAUCCUGCUGGAGACUUCACUGUAUUAGCUGGUGACUGGUAUAAGACUAAUCAUUAUAUACUGAGACGAAGCUACUUGGAGUUCGGUCGCAAUCUUCCCUCCCCUGAUGGGCUUCUCAUCAAUGGUCGUGGCUGGAAUGGAUACACAUUUACUGUUGAUCAAGGGAGGACAUAUAGGUUCAGGAUAUCAAAUGUGGGGCUUACAACAUCCAUUAACUUCAGAAUUCAGGGACACAAGUUGAAACUGGUUGAGGUAGAAGGGUCUCAUACACUCCAGAACAUCUAUGACUCCCUUGACAUCCAUCUUGGACAGUCCUAUUCUGUCCUGGUCACAGCUGAUCAGCCUGUCCAGGACUACUACGUCGUUGUCUCUUCGCGCUUCACCCCUCGGGUACUCACCACAACAGCCGUUCUUCACUACAGCAAUUCGCGCAAGGGAGUUUCAGGUCCUCUCCCUUGGGGUCCUAGCACACAGGUUGCUUGGUCCCUCAGCCAGGCAAGAUCUAUCCGCUGGAACUUGACAGCAAGUGGACCAAGGCCUAAUCCCCAAGGCUCCUACCACUACGGAUUGAUCAAGCCGGCCCGGACAAUCAUGCUUGCAAACUCUGCUCCUUAUAUCAAUGGGAAGCAGAGGUUUGCUGUCAAUAGUGUCUCAUAUGUUCAACCAGACACUCCUUUAAAACUUGCUGACUACUUCAAGAUUCCGGGGGUUUUCAGCGUUGGAAGCAUACCUACCAACCCCACAGGGGGAAGCGGCUACCUCCAGACCUCCGUCAUGCACGCGAAUUUCCGAGAGUACGUCGAGAUUGUGUUCCAGAAUUGGGAAGACACCGUGCAGUCAUGGCACAUUGAUGGUUAUUCAUUCUUUGUAAUGGGGUAA